AUGAACGAAAGGGCCGGCCGCUUGGCUGAGCUCGCGGCCAACCUCAAGAUCAUUAAGCGCGGAGUCAGCCUGUGGGAUGGGCCGGACGCCCUGGUGCACGAUCCUAAGAACAGGCCAGCCCGCAGCGACGUGUUCAGUUUGGAUUUCACGCAAUUCCCCGCUAGUGCGCGCAUCAGGAUUCCCACGGUGCACGUCUAUGGGUCCAAGGACCCAAGGUGGCCGGCCGCUAUCCAGCUCGCGGAGUUUUAUGAUGAUCGGGUCGAGUAUGACCAUGGUGGUGGCCAUGAUAUCCCGCGGUCGACGGAAGUGUAG